UUGGACAGGACAAGUAAAAAAAAAAUAAAAAUCCUUGCAUUGAGCAGCCAUAUUGGAAUUUUCUUUUCUACCCUUUGGUCAAUUCACUGAAAAUGUCACAUGCCCAAAGCCGAGUUCCUGAUUGGUCGCCACGCUGCACCUGACACCCGAUUCACGGCGCAGGACGUCAGAUCGUGUCUGUACAUUGACUUAACAGUGAAAGUCUUCGCCCCUGACAUCACAUAUGGUGUGAAUGCAGAAUAAAGCUUUAGUCACAUGCACCCAUAUAGACGUUGACCCGUACAGGUGCAGGUUUUUGCGUUGUCCGGGUCCAUUGAGGGUCAUGAAGAGGAGCGACUAAAUCUGACCGCGACUAAAUCUGACAGUGAACCCAUGUCUGUGCUAAGUGUAAUGUGAAGUAAUUGUGAGGUUAACCAAUGUGAUGAGUAAUGCUUUCGUAAGGUCUUCUUGUGCAAUGUGCAGUGUUGUGCAGGAGUGUGUGUGUGUGGGGGGUUAUUGACCUCUAACUAGAAAUUUGCUGCCGUUUCAAAAAUGGCACGUUUCCUUCUGCUCCUGAUGAGCAACAAUUUAAACUAACAUUUACUCAGAAAUGUAAUUUUAAGCCUAAUAUCCUUUAAACGUGUCCUCCAUUGUGAGAAAAAUGCCACAAGAAACACCAAAAACACAACUUUUGUCAGAGUGGGUCUUCAAAAAAGGUCUCAGUCCCUGAUACCACAAACUUUGCUUCAUAUCCUCCGGUCCUGAAAGUGUUUGAACCUUUAACAGAUAUUAUGUUUUUUCUUUUAGAACAGGAAAAUUUUAGAGUCAGAAACAUCUAAAAUGGGCAGCACAGCUCAGAGUCUCCGGAUAUUCUUAUUUGAGAAACAGAUGCUGGAGCACAGAUAAAAUCAACUGGAGGAAAAAGUUUAGUUUUUAAGAAACACUCAGAGAUCUCAGCUUUCAACAACUAAUAUGAAGCAUGUCACAACACCAAGCCAGAGUCACAAAUGUGACUUAUUCUGUCUAUAAACCAAGAAAACAGCAUUGAAAGAUUCAAAUUAUGUACAUUGCAUGAAGUUGACUGUAACUGAAUGUUUGUGUGGAAGUUCUUCCAGUGGUUGUAUUGAACUGAAUGGGAGUCUCUCUGCAGCAUCAGUGCAUGAAAGAGUGAAUGACAUGAGUGGAGUUUGUUCUGCUGCUACUUCCUGAAUGUUUGCAGUUCAGAGCUGACUGCUUUCAUCAGGAAACAGUGAAGUCUGCUCAGUUAGUUUGAUCUCUAAAGAUGUCCACACAAACUGAAGCUGCAGCAGAUUGGAGAGUGAAAUUUAGCAGAAAUCUUCAUCCAGAUGGAAGAGAACAAAUUGAGGUGGAGAUGUUCGAUGAAGAGCAGUACUUUGAUUUUGGAUUACAACAAACCGAAAAUCCGAGGCAGAUAAAUCUUCAAGCCAAGAGAGUUUUCAAGUUUUCUCUGGGACUUUUCUAUUUUCUGAUUCUGGCUGGACUCAUGACUCGCUAUCUUCUUGCGUCUCUGGAAAACAACAGAAUCAAUCAGCAACAGACCGAGAUGUCAGUCAUCAAUAAUCAUCUUUUGGAUGAAAUAAAUCAGCUGAAAAAAAAGACAGAAGGUAACUGGUGUCCUGAAGAAUGGAUGGAAUUUGGAAACAGCUGCUACUUUAAAUCCACUGUGCAGAAAAGUUGGACUGACAGCAGGAGAUUCUGUCAGGACAGGGGAGCUGAUCUGUUGGUCCUAAACAGCAAAGAGGAGAAGGAGUUUGUUUCUACAUUAAAUCAGAAUGCAGAAUCCUGGAUCGGUCUGUUUGCUGAAGAGUCACAACAGAAACAUGAAUAUGAAUGGAAAUGGGUGGAUGGAUCACCACUGACCAUAACGUUCUGGAAUGAGAGGUAUUCAAAAAAACCGUACUACAACUACAAUGCAGGCUCCCUAAGUGCUGAUGGGAAAUGGACACAACGGGACAAAAAAUACAACAUAAACUGGAUCUGUGAAAAAUAAAAUUCUGGAUUUGUCUUGUUCCUGAGAUGUGUGUUGAUUUAACUGUAAAUUAUUGAUUAAAGGAAGGUUGUAAUAAAUUAAAUGUAAAGGAGCUAACUUAGAGCAGCAUAUCAGACUCAGGUUUGGUCUAUAGCAAAACUGGAAAACAAGCCCACACCAUAAUUCCUCCUCCACCAAAUUUAGCACUCAGCACAAUGUUGUCCCAAAUGUACCGUUGUCCCAGCAACCUCCAAACCCACACUCGUCCAUCAGAUUUCCAGAUGGAAAAGUGUGAUUCAACACUGCAGAAAAAUUGUUUAAAGCAUCAGAUGAUAAAUAUGCAAGGAUAUUUUAUUCUUUGAAAUAAAAUACCCAUCCUGCUCUAGAGUCCAAUGGCAGGAUGGUUGGAUACAGAGUUUCAGACCUUUGAUUAAGAAUAACCAAUUAAGCUAAGGAGCCAAAUUAUGUCUUAAUUUUCUGAAGGGUGAACUGAGACUUUGUAACUCCUACUGGGUUGUGGUCAAUGAGAAAUCAGCCCAAAUGGCUCUUUCAGUGUUAAAGGUUGCAGACCCUUGAUCUGUGGUGUUUUGCUAGACACACAUGUCUUUGGCAUCCAUACAGCAAGUCUAGAGAUACUGUUUAGGACUCAGAAAAUCCUUAUUUUCUGCAGAGUUUCUUCCUGCUGUUUGCAUCUUUGAUUGAUUAGAGGUCACAGUUCCUUCUUUGUAGGUAACAUAAAUGCAUUUCUCAAAGUUAACAGCCAGUGAUUCUGUUUUUUAUUCUCAGAAAAUCUACUAGAAAAAGAAAGAUAACAUACCGUCCUUAGAUUAGUUUUUCUGUCCUGCUCAUGUUUUGUGUGCUUCAGUUGUUUUGUGAGCUUAAAUUGAAUUUGGAAACAUUUGAAAUGUAAAAAACUAUUAUAAUAAAAAAAAUGAAAAAUGUUGGCUCACUUUAUUCACUCUGUCAAAUAUGUCCAGGGUUGAGUACAGGUAGUUCUUCCAGAAAGGGGACAUUUUAGAAUUGCUGUAAGCAAAUAUAAUAAGUCAAAUGCAUAAAUUAAAUCAAAACCAUGUGGAUAAAAAGAAAAGAUAAAACUGUAAAUUACUUCGUCAGAUCAAGUUUAAUCCAAAUUAUCUGACGAGUGACACAUGUAGAAAGGAUGGAAACCAAAAGAAUUUUUUUUUAUUUGAAUCCAUUAAAUUAGCUUUUUGCUUUAUGUAUUUUGUUCCUUUGCCAUCAGUGGACACAAAGUCUGCUGAUAGAGUUUAAACGAAGCAAAACAUAUAAACACAUUAACACUGUCUUUGAAAAAACCAAAUAAAA